AUGUCAGAAGAACACGACGGUCAUCUCCGUGCCACUUAUAAUGAAAUUCAUAUGCUCAUCGGCAAGGCUGCUGAGCGUAUCGAGAAAGAGUAUGCCCCGGACCUGUUUGUUGCUAUUGGUGGCGGUGGAUUCUUCCCUGCACGAGUCCUCCGUACCUUCCUGAAACACCCUCAGUCCAAGAAAAAUAUUAGCAUCCAGGCAAUUGGAUUGUCGCUGUAUGAGGAGCUACCUUCAACGACCGAGGAACAAAUGGCGAAUGAGGUCAUUAGGACUCAGUGGCUCGGGCCAGAGACUAAGACUUUGCUGGGACGAAAAGUGUUGAUUGUUGAUGAGGUUGACGACUCGCGGACCACCCUUCAAUAUGCUGUACGAGAACUUCAGAAAGACGUCGAAAAGGAACUCCUUCUACUGCCCGAAUCCGAACGAGAUGCUAUGCGGCCCAAAUUUGGUGUUUUUGUUGUUCACAAUAAACUCAAGCCCAAAAAGGGUGUUCUACCUGAUGGAAUCCCCUAUUUCUCGGGAGAGGACAUCCCGGAUGUCUGGUUCGAUUAUCCUUGGGAAGUCAAGGACGUGUAUGAACACGACCGCAUGGCCGAGCUCGGGCGCAAAUUGCAGGCAAAAUCUGCCUGA